GAAGAAGAAGAUGAAGAUGCUAUCAUUGAAAGAAUUAGAAAAGAAAGACAAGCCUUAUUACAGAAAUUAAAGCCUGAACCAGUUGUUGAUGAAGCUAGCAGACAAACAGCUGAUACAGUAUCAGGGAGUGAUAGUGACAGUGAUAGUAGCUCUAGUGCUAGCUCUAUAGCUUCGAAAGCUAAGAAAGAUUUAAAUCGAGAUGAAGAGAGCCAUCCUGAUUUUGAGGCGUCAAUAAGAGAGAAGAAAAGUAGAUUUAGUAAUAAGAAUGAUAAAUUAAAUGAUGAUAAAAAGAAGUCUAAUGGUAUGGAUAUGUUUUCUGAAAAUGCUGACAUGUUCUCAGAAAACUAUGAUGUAAGUAAAUUUCUUAGAAUUGGUAAAUUUUCUUUCACCAAUGAAAACCCAGCAUUAACAGAUAAUUGGGAUGAUGCUGAAGGCUAUUACAGAGUGCGUAUUGGAGAAACACUAGAUAAAAGAUAUACAGUAUAUGGUUAUACUGGACAUGGUGUAUUUAGUAAUGUAGUAAGAGCUAGAGAUGCUGCUCGUGGUAAUCAAGAAAUAGCCAUCAAAAUCAUUCGAAACAAUGAAAUGAUGCAUAAGACUGGAUUAAAAGAACUGGAAUAUCUACGAAAGUUAAAUGAUGCAGAUCCUGAUGAUAAAUUUCAUUGUUUACGUCUUUAUCGAAGUUUCUUUCAUAAAAAUCAUCUUUGUUUAGCAUUUGAAUCAUUGAGUAUGAAUUUACGUGAAGUAUUAAAGAAGUAUGGUAAAGAUAUAGGAUUACAUAUCAAAGCUGUAAGAUCAUAUAGUCAACAGUUGUUUCUAGCUUUAAAAUUAUUAAAACGUACUUCAAUAUUACAUGGUGAUAUCAAACCUGAUAAUAUUCUGGUCAAUGAAUCAAAGGUUUUAUUAAAACUAUGUGAUUUUGGUUCAGCAUCACAUGUGUCAGAGAAUGAUAUCACACCUUAUUUAGUCAGUAGAUUUUAUAGAGCUCCAGAAAUCAUUUUAGGCAAGGGUUAUGAUCAUGGUAUAGAUAUGUGGUCAGUAGCUACAACUAUAUUUGAACUCUAUACUGGCAGAAUAAUGUUUCCUGGACAAUCAAAUAAUGAAAUGUUAAAAUUCAUGAUGGAUCUGAAAGGAAAGAUUCCCAAUAAACUAUUACGUAAGAGUGUGUUAAAGGAUCAACAUUUUGAUGCCAAUUAUAACUUCCUUUAUAGAGAAGUUGAUAAAGUUACAAUCAGGGAGAAAGUGACAGUACUAAGUUCUAUAAGUCCUAGUAAAGAUUUAUUAGCAGAAUUAAUUGGUUACCAACGCCUACCAGAUGAUCAACUACGUAAAGUUACACAACUCAAAGACUUGUUGGAAAAAACUCUCAUGCUGGACCCUUCUAAACGUUUUAGUAUCAGCCAAGCUUUAAACCACCCCUUUAUUCAGGAAAAAAUCUAAUUUGAUUAGAACUCUUACUUUUAAAGAAAAUAGUUUGCU